AGGCACAUGAUCUUCCAGCCUGCUGCCGGAGCUUGGGGGACACUAAGGAACACUCAGCGUCAGGGACAGGCAGGGGCUGGGUGGGGGCGGGCUGGCACCUGGGGCAGAAGGGUACCCAGGGCGGGGGAGGUGUGUUUACUGGCUUCCCUCCCAUGCCCCAGGCAGGUGGAUUUCAGCAUGCGAUGGAAACAGACUUUGGGUUUUGUUUGUUUGGGGUUUGAGUUUCUUUGGAGAUUUUUUUUUUUUUUCUUUUUUGAAACAGAGUGACUAGGUAGCCUAGGCUGGUCCUUAUACUCACAGAUUCACAGUCCACCUGCCUCAGCCUCUCUAGUGCAAGUGACGGGAGGGUGUGCCAUGGCCACCUGGUUAAAAAUAGUCUUUAACUCCUAUGAAGUUAACCGUGUGAGCACCCAGGAGACAAAGACCCUGAAGGGGCUCCCAGGACAUCAACCCAGGAUGUGAGCCUCAGGCAGGAAAGCAGCCAGGCCCCUGUUCUUCAAAGAAUGAGGAGUGCUUCAGAGUUUCUGAAAACAGCCGGAGCGCCCCUGGUGUCGGCGACCUGGCUUCCACGCAGCCCCCCUCCAGCCAUGCCCACGGUGGCGGCCGGGCCGCAGAUGGAACGCGUGGACAACGGCUCGCAGGGGGGACCCCAGCUCUUCCUCACCAGCGCACUGGCCAGAGGCGUGUCAGGCGUGUUUGUGUGGACUGCUCUGCUAUUAACCUGCCACCAGAUCUACUCACACCUCCGCUCCUACACCGUCCCACAAGAGCAGCGCUUCGUCAUCCGCCUGCUGUUCAUUGUGCCCGUCUACGCCUUCGACUCCUGGCUCAGCCUCCUCCUCCUCGGGGGCCACCCUUACUACGUAUACUUCGACUCUGUGCGAGACUGCUACGAAGCAUUUGUCAUCUACAGUUUCCUGACUUUGUGCUUCCAGUAUCUGGGGGGCGAGAGCGCCAUCAUGGCUGAGAUCCGAGGCAAACCUAUCAGGUCCAGCUGCUUCUACGGGACCUGCUGCCUCCGGCGCAUGUCCUACUCCAUCACCUUCUUACGUUUCUGCAAACAGGCCACACUGCAGUUCUGCAUCGUGAAACCUGUCAUGGCUUUGAUCACCAUCAUCCUCCAGGCUUUUGACAAAUAUCAUGAUGGAGAUUUCAACAUCCACAGCGGCUACCUGUACGUGACCCUCGUGUACAACGCCUCCGUGAGCCUGGCCCUCUACGCUCUGUUCCUUUUCUACUUUGCCACCAGGGACCUCCUGAGACCCUUCGAGCCAGUGCUCAAGUUCCUCACCAUCAAAGCCAUCAUCUUCCUCUCCUUCUGGCAGGGAAUGCUGCUGGCUAUCUUGGAGAGGUGUGGGGUCAUCCCCGAGGUCCAGGCCGUGGACGGCACCAGGGUGGGUGCCGGCACCCUGGCCGCUGGCUACCAGAAUUUCCUCAUCUGUAUUGAGAUGCUGUUUGCCUCACUUGCCCUGCGCUAUGCCUUCCCCAGCCAGGUGUACUCGGAGAAGAAGAACUCUCCAGCCCCACCAGCACCUAUGCAAAGCAUUUCCAGUGGCUUAAAGGAGACCAUCAGCCCACAGGACAUUGUCCAGGACGCCAUCCACAACUUCUCGCCAGCCUACCAGCAGUACACACAGCAGUCUACACACGAAACUCCUGGGCCUGGCCAGGGUGGGCACCCAUCACCCAGCACCCACCCUGGCCCAGCCAGUGGCUCCGGAGUGGGUAAGAGGAGCCGCAACAUAGAGAAACGUAUGCUGAUUCCCUCCGAGGACCUGUAGGGGUGGGGUAUGGUAUGCGGAGCCUGGCUGGGCACCCAGCAUGCUUUGGUUUCUAGGGCGGUAACAGGGUCCUCGCCUACCAGCAGCUCUUGACGGAGGCCCCGCCCCUUCUGAGAGAGAGCCUCACUGUGGGACUCACGGGGCCUCUUCUAUUUAUUCCAUGUAGUGCCCAGAGUGAAGCCACCUGAGCAAAUUGGACAAACCCAAGGACCCAGUGGGAUGUCUUAGUUACAGCCUGCGGGUGGAGUUGAGAGUUGGCCAUUACUUCCAUGGGCAGGAGAGACGGACGGUUAAAUUCUAGGCUGAGCAUCCCUCUGUAGAGAGGUGGCCAGGGAGAAUGGGUCCAGUCACCCAGGGCUGGGGAGCCACAUAGCCUGGGCCCGGCUGUGGCCAUCUUGGGUGCAUGAAGAAGGCCCCUUGCCCCACAAUCUAGCACAGAUACUUGGCGAGGCCUUUUCAAGGGCAGCCUAGCCUAUUUAGCACAACAGAGUUGCCAGUGCACCAGCCUGCCAGCUACUAGCUGCUUAUUUAUAGAUAAACACCUUGCAUUUUCUAGA